UGGGUGACAAGUCUGGGCACAUGCGACUGUUAAGGAAGCACAGACCAGUUCUCCAGUCAACCAGUCUCCGCAGCCGCCGCAAGGCCGCGCAGGGGCCAACAGCCGAGCCGGGGCUAGUGUGUCCCUAACACCGUGAAAUUUUUGGCCCAGCUUGAAGUUCCUGUCCCGGGCGCGGGUCUUUGACAAGCUUGGUCGGAACGGAUAUUUUCAUAUCGUCGGACAGCUCUCUCCCCAUCCAAAGCGACAUCCAACCAACCAGGCUCCGGGACAGUCAACUGGCGACAAACUCGCGUCCACCACCCAUCCGCAACUCUUUUGUCCCCACGCAACACCACUGCAGUUGACGACACCAUCCGUUGCGUCCUCGAUUCCCACCAAAAACCUCUCGUCGUCCUUGUCCACUGCGACCGUUACAAUCAUGGCCUCGUUUUCCACUGAGUCGCCUUUGGCGAUGCUGCGCGACAAUGCCAUUUACUCGAGCCUUUCCGAUGCCUUCAACGCCUUCCAGGAAAGGAGGAAACAGUUCGGUCUUUCCAACCCCGGCACGAUCGAGACCAUCGCCCGCGAGGUCCAACGCGAUACCCUCCUCACCAACUACAUGUUCUCUGGCCUCCGCGCCGACGUCACCAAGGCUUUCAGCCUCGCCCCUCUCUUCCAAGUUUCCCACCAGUUUGCCAUGGGCGAGAGGCUGAACCCUUAUGCCUUUGCCGCUCUCUACGGAACCAACCAGAUCUUCGCUCAGGGUAACCUGGACAACGAGGGCGCUCUCUCGACAAGAUUCAACUACAGAUGGGGCGACAGGACCAUCACCAAGACGCAGUUCUCGAUCGGCGGCGGCCAGGAUAUGGCCCAGUUUGAGCACGAGCACCUUGGCGACGACUUCACUGCCUCCCUCAAGGCCAUCAACCCCUCUUGCCUCGACGGCGGUCUCACCGGUAUCUUUGUCGGCGACUACCUCCAGGCCGUCACUCCCAGACUCGGCCUCGGUCUCCAGGCCGUCUGGCAACGCCAGGGUCUCACUCAGGGCCCCGAUACCGCUAUCUCCUACUUUGCCCGCUACAAGGCCGAUGACUGGGUUGCUAGCGCUCAGCUCCAGGCUCAGGGUGCUCUCAACACUUCCUUCUGGAAGAAGCUUACGGAUAGGGUCCAGGCUGGUGUUGAUAUGACCCUUUCCGUUGCUCCCUCUCAGAGCAUGAUGGGUGGUCUUACCAAGGAAGGCACCACCACCUUUGGUGCCAAGUACGACUUCAGAAUGUCCACCUUCAGGGCUCAGAUCGACUCCAAGGGCAAGCUCAGCUGCUUGCUCGAGAAGCGUCUUGGUGCCGCCCCUGUCACCCUGACCUUCGCUGCUGAUGUUGACCACGUCACUCAACAAGCCAAGCUCGGCAUGUCCGUCUCCAUUGAGGCGUCUGAUGUCGAUCUCCAGGAGCAGCAGGAGGGUGCCCAGUCCCUCAACAUCCCCUUUUAAACUGAAAUAUGUAUAUCCGGGAUGAAGAACACUGGUCGAUUGAGCCAGCAUUUGGUUUCCACUCCACCUUUGCACUCUACUCAUUGUGUUGACAACGUAAUAUAAUCACACACGAUGCCCACCAAGUAUCAAGGAACAGAAAGGGUGAGGGUCAUACCGUUUCACCGUCCCUCACCACCAGCGCCAUU